AUGGAAUUCGAUAUUGGAAGUCUGGCAACAACGACGGGAAAGCCGCCAAAAAAUCUCCCUAUAUUAAUGGAAGAAACACCGGUUGGUCCAAACGAUCACCCCAUCCAAUACUCCUACACGUUCUCAUAUUUCGUGAGACCAACUGGAAAGUUUGACCCGGAAGAUUAUGCAAACUACGUGCAACCGGUUGGAAUCAUGAAGUCAGUGGAACAAUUCUGGAGUAUCAUGACGGGCAUCAAACCAGUAUGGGAAGAUCCGGCCAACUGUAAAGGAGGAAAAUGGAUCAUCCGUUUGAAGAAGGGAUUGUCUGCAAGGAUUUGGGAGAAUCUACUCAUGGCGAUAGUCGGAGAGCAGUUUUUGAUAGGGGAUGAGCUGUGUGGAGCGGUGUGUUCGAUUCGUAACCAAGAGGAUAUCAUUUCGUUAUGGAAUCGAAACGCCGACGAGACCCCAGUAACCAACCGAAUCCGCGACACCCUCCGAAGUGUUCUGGAACUCCCUCAAAACACGGUUCUCGAGUACAAACGACAUGAUGACUGCCUCAGGGAUCAGAGUUCAUAUCGCCACACCACCAAAAACAUUUGCAAAUGA